AUGGCUGAGCGUGAUGGUGACACCGCAGUGAGCACCGGGCUCGAUGCCACUCGAGGCAUGCAUCUCUCGAAGCAACUGCCCUACCCAAUAUGGUCUGAUCAGGCCCUAGGCGGCAUCUCCAUCAUGGAUCUUCCUAUGACGGAGCUGGGCAAUACCAACACUCUUCUUAAACACUUCGUGGAUGUGAUCACGAAUGUGCCGCCCCCCGACAAAAAUACCAUUGAGUCCUUGAUUAAUGCUGGCAAAUGGAAUGAGCUUCCUCCGCCUUUCUGUCCCAAGCAGAAGCUGGACGUCAAGCUUGUCCUUCAAUUUGCCGUGCUCCCACUCACAAACGGGAAUGUCUGCAUAGUCAAGCAUGUUCAGUCACCUGAUCUCAAGCUGACAAAGUCUGUCGUGGACACCCUCUGCCACGGCACGCCCCAUGUGCUGAAUUGGCAUGGUGGUUCUUUGAACAGCUGGGAGGGUGGCAGUGAGGAUGUGGACAAGGGCUUUGCCUUCAUCGAACAAGAAGCCGGCAACCUCGCAAGUGAGUGGAAGCGAGUGCAGCGGAUCACUAAAAACCUCCACGUGAACCAGGACUCGCCUAUUUUUCAGUGGCCCAUCUCCACGGUCGAGAAGUCCAUUCGUGCCAUCCAAACCGAUGGUGUCCUCGCACUUCCCGUAGAAAACUUCUUCUUCACCCUGGCAGACUUGGACUACCAGCUUUUGAAAUUUGGCGUCAACCCCAUUCUCAAAACCAUGACCACACAUGCCGUGGGGGUAGUUGGAGGUCCGGGAAGUGGAAAAACGCCACUCGCCAGAAUCAUAGCCCUGUGUGCCUCCCGUUUUUGGAAACGUGAACAAGGCAUCACAUCUCCACCUUCGUAUCGCGAGGCCUCCGAGUUCGACUUUUUCCGGGGUCACCCAGGUCGCAAAGACCGUCCUGACAUUCAUGAUGAUGGGCGGCUUGCUGAGGAACCCAUCAGAAAAAUGAAAGGUUUCACCGACGUUGGUUGUACUAUGUUGACCAAAGAGCGGUGGGGCGCGGCUAAGUUCGUCCAAGGGCAGAUGAGAGUCUUUGUCUGCAACGACUACGACUCCACUGAAUGGAUUGAGAAGCAUCAAAACAUUCGGGCCGGCACGAUUCUGCAGAUGCCCCAUGAGCAAUUCCUCGAAGUCGUUUCCCCAGUCUUUCCUAAGGAUACCAAGCUACCACACAUCAUGGCAGUCUUGAAGCGUGCCAAUGUCUUGGUCAACGCGGGAAACCUGGUGAUCUUCAGACGUGCCAGUCAGGAAGAGAACCGGGUCCCUUGUCUUGUCUUGCAAACUCCCGUGGACUACCUGAAAACAGAGGCACAGCAGAGGUACAUGCUGUAUCGCGAGAACAAGCUUGUCAAACCAGCUUCCUUCGAAGAUGACGUCGCUUGGGAGGCCCGCUAUCUGGAUGCAGUCCUUCAUGACAAGGUCCUUCCACUCCCCAACCCGACUAUCAUCAAUGAUGCCCAGCAUCGUCUCUUUCAUGAUGAACCUCGCCCACCUGCUCACAGAGACAUAGAAGCCGCGGCUCCUUCCUCACUGCCUGCAGUGCCCUCGGUUCCCAAAGCGGUUGCCGUCAAGAAAGAGUCUGUGACUUUCCGAAGGGCUCUUUCCAGUUUGCAGGGACAUGUCAUCGAUCUUGACUCGCCUCCAAAGAAGGCCUUGCGUGCCGGAUAUGCAGACGUGAAGACUGAGAUCUCGGAUGCUGCAAAUGAGCCUGCCAGCCCAACAUCUUUGAUGGCUGCACCCGUCCCCCUCUCGAAGCCUUCCUCACCGGGCUCGAUGGCUGCACCCAUCUCUCCCUUGAAGCCUCCCUCGCAAGGCUCGCCUAUGGACAUUCAUGACCCAAUAUUUAAUGGAUGA